CAAGCCGUCUCAUAAGAUGUCUGCUCUCAGAACAUCCCUAAUAAGAUCUGCUCGCUCGCUCCCUUCUUCCAGUCGACUGGUUGCUUUCCCUCGACAGGCGGCUCUUCAGCAGCUCCGGCCCAGCGAGGCCAUCUUUCGACGAUGGAACUCUUCUGCCAAUCACAACCCUGCUAUUGAAGCGCCCCUUCCAGGAAGCAAGCCUCAGAAAAUUGCUCAAAUAGAACCAAGACUACAGAUGACCUUCACUUGCACGGCGGAUGGAUGUGGACAUAGGUCGACCCAUGAAUUUGCAAAGAGAAGUUACGAAAAAGGAAUUGUCCUUGUACAGUGCCCGGAGUGUAAGAACAGGCAUCUGAUAGCGGAUCAUUUGGGAUGGUUUAAAGAGAGCCUGGAAGAUGGCAAGCUCAAGACUGUGGAAGAUCUUUUGCGAGCAAAGGGUGAAAAGGUCAAGAAGGGAAGAGUCAACUUUGACGGGGAUAUCGAAAUUGAUGGAGAGUGAGCUCGGCGAAGAAAACGGCAAGUUGGUCCUCUGUCAUCUCAGGUAUCCUUCUGAUAUCAGGUUUAGCAGACAUGUAUCCCACAUUCAGGCGAACGUCCUAGACAAUUGUAUAACGCAAACCUAUACUAGAAGCUGCCGUAACUCUCAUGCACAGGCCACCACUUCUCGCUUCAGCAAGGCUCUCAUCUCAAGCGCUACUUCUGGAUCGCUGUUCCCACACUAAUAGGGCAUCUGCGCAAUUCCCGGAACGAAGGUUCAAAAGGACGGCAGAGUCAGGGCUAUAGCCUUUUCGCGCUACGGACGCGGCACCUUUCAACAGACGCAACCUUCCUUUCCACAUUCUCCCCUCCUAUCGCAGAAUCAGAGACCCUUUCUCCGUACAACCUUUGAAUCGCUAAAGACACUUCCUUUGCUGUCUUUGAGAGUCAUAUAACUUGGACCGUGAGAUGGAACGUCUCACAAGCCUUGCUGUUGUUUCUCUUGCCACAACAUUUCACGAGCGACCCCCAGCUUUGUC